CUACUUCUAGCAACCAUAGACAUAACCCAUUUCUCCUCCUCUCCUCCCAGCUUCCCUUUCCCUACCCACUACCCACACUCGUUUCACAGCCUCUGUUGCUGUGUUGUUGUUUCCUCAUAUGUGCCUAUUCGGUGGCUGGUGUUUUGUCUGACGCGUGGCCAAUCCUGCAAGAUAUACAUACAUAGAUAAGAAACGACAAAAAUGUCGUUCAUCCUUGCAUAUCGCAAGCCACGCGCCAAGCUCGAACGCCCUCACCAGGAGGGACCACGACAGCAGGCAUCGAGAUAUGUCAACAAGUUAUUGACCUUCGAUGAUCUUCCUGAUUGGCAUCGCGACAAUCGCUUCACCAUCUCGGGCUACCGACCAAUCUCGGACUCAUGUGCUUCUUGCGCGCUAUCUCUAGGCCAGCUUCACAAUGAAACGGUCAAUAUCUACACGCACCUGAUUCCGGCGAUUGCGCUGUUGUUCGGCCAAUUUGCCGUCUACAGCGGAAUCAACUAUGCUUAUCCAGAAGCAUCGACCCUGGAUCUCGUUGUGUUCGCAUGCAACAUCUGGGCUGCUGUCAUAACUAUGAUACUCAGUGCCACAUACCACACCUUGAUGAACCACAUCAACCUAUCCGGCGUCAUGCUUCGCGUCGACUAUGUCGGCAUUCUGACGCUGAUCCUGGGAAGUUUCUUCUCCGGCAUCUACGUCGGCUUCUACUGCGAGCCAUUUCUGCGACAUACCUACUGGACCAUGAUCAUCACCUUGAGCAUCAUCACCUCAACCCUGGUCCUGCACCCCAACCUCCAAGGCCUGAAGUAUCGCAAUCUCCGUACCCAUGCAUUCCUAUGCACGGGCUUUUCUGGCUUCGCACCAAUCAUUCACGGUGUCUACCUAUACGGUUGGCAGGAGAUGUGGAUUCGAUCCGGUAUGCCAUACUAUUUCGCAGAAGGGGUUGUGUACGGCGCAGGCGCGUUUUUCUUCAUUACGCGCAUCCCCGAAUCCAUUUGGCCCGGCAAGUUUGAUAUCUGGUUCUCAUCCCAUCAGAUCUUUCAUGUCUUUGUUGUGCUGGCCUCGAUGGUGCAUCUGUAUGGUGUCUGGGAUGCCUUUGGCUGGAAUUAUGAGCAUCAGCGCACCUGUCCCGCGACAUGACAUGGUAAUGACAAUGACACUAAGAACGACAGCGACAACGAUGAUAGAUCGAUAUAAUUAUAAUGAGAGGUGAAGAAUGAGAGGGUUGUUUCAUUCUGAUAUGAUAAAAUACAAAUCAGCUGUUCAUGAGCACUUGGAAACUGUUGACAUUCCUGUUUGUCUUCGGCUUUUUGGUGGUUGCUUGGGUUUUGGCCCUUGAUCUUCGUUUCGCUGAUUUAGAUAGCGGCUCCUCGAUCAAAUGCGGUCGAGAAUCCUUCCCGAUCUUUGGCAUGUCAAACUCCUCUUCGUUGUCGUCCUGACUAAGGUGGCUCAAAAAGGCUUCAUGUCUGUCCCUGACAUCGAGCGUCGCAAUUCGGGUUCGCAAAUCCGAGACGUCGAGGAACAGAUCUUGAAUGGGCGGUAAGGAGUCAAGCGCGGUGAUUAGCUGUCGGAGAAGAAAAUCAUCGGUGCAUCUGUUAUCUGAGAGAUUGACGUAUAUUGCGAUUUGUUUCAACAUGCGGAGGGAGUACAAGACUGCCUGUGCAUUGGCGAUGACAUGGAGAAUUUCCCACGUUAUUGUGUUCGUGAGGCCUGUCAUUUUCAGACCAAUUGCACGAGUGAUAUCUGUCAUGUUGAAGAUAGCUUUAGAUUGAGCAACCUUCUGCUGCUGUACCUGAUGAAAGGCAAGCAUAUACCAGCCCAGCAAGGUUUGAACAUCACUCCUGGGAGUGCGGAUAUGACCUUCCACCUGUUGAAUGAGAGACAUCAGCUGCGUCUUCAAGGUCUUUGGGUCCAGCUGGUCGACAGUAUUCUCAGCAAUCCGCGGUCCCUUUCUUGCAUACUCAGUGAAUGUGAUGGGUUUUCCAUUCUUGGGCUCUGGCGAGCCGGCUAUGAGGGAGUAUGCCAGCUGGCGAAUAUCCAGGCCGUAGGACCAGGAUGAGUCACGUCCGGGGUCUUCCAAUAUGGGAGUGAGGUAGACAGCAGGCGGUUCGUCAUGGAUGAGAUUGACAAUAAUUUCGGCGACGCGUGGGUCAAUUAGACUGAGCGAACUCUGUGGCGAGACUGAAGGGAUUUCAGUAAAUUGCUCGACAAAAGCUUUAUACGCUGGAUUGUCCAUGUCAUCAGUCUGUGACCUAGCUCGUUCGCUGACCAUUGCUGUUGUCAACUCUGGAUGUUCAUAUCUUUCGAAGCCGAACGGCAGCAAUGACGCAA